AGAGAGAAAGAAAGAUAAGCAAUAAAAGCGCUACAAAUGAAACUCAAUCGCUUCAAUUAUCGUUCUUCGUCCGUUCUUCUUCUGCUAUCUAUUGUGGUUUUCUUCUUUGCGUUUUGUGAAUUAGGGUCUUGCAGUGACGAUAAUCUGAUCAAAAUGACGACCUUGGGUGGGGUUCGUGAAGUUGAGGGGUUUCAGAACAGUUUGGAGAUCGAUGAACUCGGCCGUUUCGCUGUUGAUGAACACAACAAGAAAGAAAAUAAGAUUCUUGAGUUUUCUGGGGUGGUGAAGGCGAAGGAACAGGUGGUUGCUGGUACUCUCCACUAUCUCACUCUGGAGGUGGUUGAGGCUGGUAAGAAAGUGAUCUAUGAAGCCAAAGUCUGGGUAAAACCAUGGAUGAACUUCAAGGAGUUGCAGGACUUCAAGCCCGCUAGUGCUUCGGCUUCGUUAACUUCAUCCGAUCUUGGUGCUAAGCAAGGCCACGAGCCAGGAAUGCGAGCAGUUCCUGCACAUGAUCCAAUAGUCCAAGAUGCAGCAAAUCAUGCUGUGAAGACCAUCCAGCAGAGGUCCAACUCUCUGGCCCCUUAUGAACUGCUCGAGGUUCUCGUUGCAAAGGCUGAGGUGAUUGAUGAAGUCGCCAAACUCAAUUUGCUUCUCAAGGUGAAGAGGGGGAGCAAGGAAGAGAAGUACAAUGUUGAAGUACAUAAGACUGUUGAGGGUAGCUUCCAUUUGAAUAGCAUGGAACAAGAUUCCUCCUGAAUUAAUGCUAAAAGCAGUGUGGACUCAUUAAAUACUGUUUGUCUAAUUUCCGACUCUUGAAAACCUUUCAGAAUCUUGUGUUGAAAUAAUCUUCGAGAGCUAUAAAUACUUGUGUUGAUCGUGUGCCUUCUCUACUAUGUUGAAAUAUCCAUGUGUUGUUAAAACAGAAA